AGAUCACGGUGUUAGAAACUCUUAUCUACAUACUUCACCCUGCCCGAACUGCAAAGACCGAGGUCACCGAUUCGGGCUUCGUAUCAAAGGAUCGCCGUGUGCAGCCAAGAAUCGAUCCAUGGACUGAACAGCCAACUAUCUAUAACGACAACAGUGUAUUUUGGCUAUCUCCAACUCUGACGAUCUUCACGUUAUGAUUAGGCUGACCUGAGCGGGCAAUGCUAUAUGUAGAGCACCUUCUCCAACGGAACCAUACUUCUUGUCUAUCAAACCAAGGAACACGACAAGUUAAAAUAGACCGACAAAGUUAUACAACUGUAGACAGCCCAAAGCAAUAAUGCAUUCGACGGACAUGUGCGAAUCCAAGUCUUCUGAGCUCCCAGUGCAGAAUUUGGAGAUUAAAUUCGGCCUCAACAAGUCCUUUGCGAAUCCAACGCCAAUUGCGGUGUUAGGCCUUGCCAUAAGUGUUACGACUCUGGGCUGCGAUCUCAUGGGAUGGAGAGGAGCUGGUGGUGAUGGCGCUGCGUCAACAGGAGCUUAUUUCUUCAUGGGUGGACUGCUUAUGAUUCUGGGCGGGUUUCUUGAGUUUAUCUUGGGAAACACGUUCACAUUCUUUCUAUUCUGUGGCUACGGAGGGUGGUGGUUGAGCUUCGGUGCAACGCUCCAGCCUUUCUACGGAGCGUAUGGAGCCUACUCGCCCGAUGUCUCUGAUCCUUCGAAAGGACUUCAGACGACUGGAUUCAAUGCGAGCUUUGCAUUCCUGCUCGUAUUUAUGGGCAUUUUCUCCCUCGCUUGUUUCUUGGGCUCAUUGAAAGUCCAUAUUGCGCUUGCCGUGGUGGAGCUCAGUCUCACCAUAGUCUUCGCGCUGCUGGCGGGUGCCUUCUGGGAGGUCGCUAUGGGAAAUGCCAGCGUUGCCUCGAACCUCCAGACGGCUGGCGGAGCUUUUCUUUUCGUCGCAGGCAUUGCGUCCUGGUAUAUCCUCUUCUCGCUUACCCUGAGCUCUGUGGGAUUUCCCUUUACACUUCCCGUGGGCGACCUCAGCCGUUUCCUCACGAAGGAAAGAAAGUUUAGUGACGCUUCAGUGUGAAGUUAUGUGGUCCCGAGACAUGAUAAUUGAAGUAGGCGGGGAAAGACUAAGCAAUCUAAAAAUUGAACUCGAAGGUGGAGUGGUACGCAAGACGCUGGUUGCAAAGGAAAUUAUGCUGGACGAAUACUUUCAAGCUACGCAGUUCGUCCUGUUGAAGGUAGUCAUUCUGGAUUCUGAUUACGGUUUUGUUUUCGGUAGAACUAUAUAUAGC